CAUGUCCCCACGGUGUCCCCGCAGUGCCACCAUGCCGUUCAGCAACACCCACAACAAGUACAAGCAGAAGUUCUCGGCCGAGGAGGAGUUCCUGACCUGUCCCAAGCACAACAACCACAUGGCCAAGGUGCUGACCCCCGCCCUGUACCAGAAGCUGCGCGACAAGGAGACCCCCAGCGGCUUCACCCUCGACGACGUCAUCCAGACCGGCGUGGACAACCCCGGUGCGUCCUCGCGGGGGUCCCCAGCCCUCCACGGGGGUCCCCAGACCACUCAAGGGGUCCCCAACCCAUCCACGGGGUCUCCAGCCCACCCCAGGGGUCCCCAAACCACCCAAGGGGUCCCCAAAUGGUCCAUGGGGUCCUCACCCCAUCCAUGGGGUCUCCAACUCAUCUAUGGGGUCCCCAGACCACUCAAGGGGGGUCCCCAGCCCGCCCCAGGGGUCCCCAGCCCACCACGGGGGUCCCCAAACCCAAAUUGGGGAGGGGUCCCCAGAUUUGGGAGGGGUCUCCAAAAUUUGGGAGGAGUCCCUAAAAUUUGGGAGGGGUCCUCAGGGGUCUCAGGAGGGCAGGGAAGGGGUGACAGGGACACCAGGGAAGGGGUGACAGGGGCACCAUGGGGUGACACCACCGACAGGCACCGCACCGACCUCAACCAGGAGAACCUCAAGGGCGGGGAGGACCUGGACCCCAAGUACGUGCUGAGCAGCCGCGUGCGCACCGGCCGCAGCAUCAAGGGCUACUCGCUGCCGCCGCACUGCAGCCGCGGCGAGCGCCGCGCCAUCGAGAAGCUGUCAGUCACAGCCCUGAACAGCCUGGACGGGGAGUUCAAGGGCAAGUACUACCCGCUGAAGGCCAUGACGGAGCAGGAGCAGCAGCAGCUCAUCGACGACCACUUCCUGUUCGACAAGCCCGUGUCGCCGCUGCUGCUGGCCUCGGGCAUGGCCCGCGACUGGCCCGACGCCCGCGGCAUCUGGUGGGCACCCGCGGGCACCCGGGGGGUUCCUAGGGGCAUCUGGGGGCACCUGGGGGGUUCCUGGGGGCACCUGGGGGCAGUUAGAGACACCCGGGGGCACCCGGGGGCA